GUAAGGACACCCGUGACCGCACUACACCCAACAUGCAGAGAUCCCUGUUUCUGUUCGGACUGGCGUGCCUGGUGGGCAGCCACGGCGGCUGGGCGGCCGCGGCGCCGGGCACCUCGCCGCCCAUCCCGAUCCUGAGGAGCAGCGGGGAAGGGCCCAAGCCCGACGGCUCCUACAACUGGUCGUUCGAGACGGCCAACGGCAUCAAGUCCGAGGAGGAGGGCCGGCUGAAGCCGGGCUCCGAGCCCGGCGAGACGAUCGCCUCGGUGCGCGGCAGCUACAGCUACCAGGCGGACGACGGCACGCCCGUGGAGAUCAGCUACACCGCCGACGAGAACGGCUUCCGGCCCCAGGGCGCCGCCAUUCCCCAGCCGCCCGAGAUACCCCCGGCCAUCCUCAGGGCCCUCGAGUGGAUAGCCCACCACCCCGAGGAGGACAACUUGUAG